AUGGGUUGUGGAUCGUCGUAACCAGCAGCUGCUGAACCUGAUUAGAUAUCAAAAUCUUUAAGAAGUGCUAAUACUUCUGAAAUAGAAGACUUGAUUGGCAAAAAAAUACCUAAAGUAUAAUGUAGAUUAUAUUGGUAAGUUACUAAUAUAAGCUGAAAUGAAACAUCGUUUUACUGCUGAUGAAGAGGCAAUUAAAAAGUAUUUGGAAUAUGUAAAAAUGGUAGCGACUUAAUUUAAAUGUAAUCUCCAUAAGAAAAUGAGAAUGUUGUGGCAAGAGCUUAAAAAAAAGUGUAAAAGAAAUAUAGGGGGGGAGAAGAUGUUGAAGGUUAAAUUAUAGAAAAUGUGAAGAGAGUUGAAAGAGAGAUGCAAUGUAUAAAAUUUAUAAUUUUAAUAACUCAGAAAAUGAUGUAGAUUUAAUCAAAAAAAGCUUCAAAAGUCAUUUUGUCUUUUUUAGUCUUCCAGAGGAUUCGUUAUAAUAAUUAAUAGAAAAUAUGUUUUAUUGUACAAUAAAAGCAGGAGAAUUUAUAUUUAAAUAAGGGAAUUAGGUUAAAAUGAUAAUUGAUAUAAGUAGGCAAGUGCAUAUUUUGUUAUUGAGAGAGGAGAGGUUUAAAUUAUUAUAAAUGAUAAUCCAAUAAGAAUUCUUUAUUAAGGAGAUUAAUUUGGUGAAAUAGCUUUGUUAUAUAAUGCUACUAGAUCAGCUUCAACAAAAGCUCUCAGUAAUUGUGGAUUUUGGAGUUUAGAAAGAGCUACUUUUAAGAAAACAAUUGAGGAAAUAACAUUAAAAGAAUAUGAUGAAAAUAGAAGAUUUAUAGAUUAAGUAUGAAUAGAUUUUGUAUUAGGUUAAUUUCUUUUCAUUUAUGACAUCUGAAUAAAGAGAUAUGAUAGGACAUGCAUUGAUUACAACAAAGUUUAAUCCAGGAUAAAAUAUAGUUAAUGAAGGAGAUUAAGCAGAUUCAUUUUAUGUUAUAAAAAGUGGUUAAGUAUAAAUAUUGAAAGGAGAUAAAUUAAUAAGGAAAAUGGGUGCAAAAGAUAGUUUUGGGUAAAUUCUAAUUUUUAUUUAUUUAUAGAGAAUAAGCACUUUAUGAGAAAUCAGUACGAGGUGCAACAGUAAAGGCAGAAACUGAAGUAAAAUGUGUAGCUUUGGGUAGAGAGAAUUUGACAAAGAUUUUAGGAGAUAAAAUUUAACUAAUAAUUUUCAAUAAUAUUAUGAGAUGGAGUUUUGAAAAAAGUGAGAUUCUAAAAUAAUUAACUAAAAUAUAAUUGGAAAAGAUUUCAUAAAAAGCAAGAAUAGAGAAUUUUAAAAAAGGUUAAGUGAUUUUUGAAUCAAAUAAACCUUGUGAUAAAUUAGUUGUUGUUUUGGAAGGAGUCUUAAUAAACUCAAAAUAAGAAUCAGUAUCUAAAGGAUCUUGUUUUGGAGAUUAAUUUUUAAAGAAAGAACUUUAUGGAUCUUUAAUAGAAUCUGGUUUUGAAAUGGUGGGAGAUGGAGUAUUGGCAACAAUUACAUAUUAGGCUUUAUUUAAGAUUUUUGGAGGAGAUUUAGAAACUGCUUUGAAGAAGAAUGAAAAUUCACAUGAAAAGAAAAUAUAAUAAAUAGGUAAAAGAGAAGAUGCUUCUCAUAUAUUUGUAGAAGAUUUAGUAUAUAUAAAAAAAUUAGGUGAAGGACAAUUUGGUAGUGUAUAUCUAGUCAAACAUAAAGAAUUAAAUAAAGUAUUUGCUUUGAAAAGUGUAAGUAAAGCAUCUGUUAUUGAAUAAAAUCUAGAGAAACAUAUUACAUAAGAGAAAAAAGUAUUAGAAUAGAUAAACUUUCCAUUUAUUAUGGGAUUUUUUAGAACAUUCAAAGAUGAUAUGUCAAUAUAUUUUUUAGUUGAUUUUAUCAGAGGAAUGGAGUUAUUUGAUGUAAUAAGAGAUAUAGGAUUAUUAUCAAAACCAGAGACAUAAUUUUACAUUGGUACAAUGAUUCUUUGUAUAGAAUAUUUAAAUUCUAAAGGUAUUGUGUAUAGAGAUUUAAAACCAGAGAAUAUUAUGGUAAAUUAUUAAGGUUUUAUGUAUUUAAUUGAUUUGGGUACAGCAAAACCUCUUUAAAAAUCCAAGGCAUGUCGUACAUAUACAAUUAUUGGAACACCACAUUAUAUGGCUCCAGAAAUAAUGGCAGGAAAAGGUUACACUUUUAGUGUAGAUCUUUGGAGUAUUGGAAUUUGUAUGUAUGAAUUUAUGUGUGGAGGAGUACCAUUUGGAGAAGAAUUAGAAGAUCCUUAUCAAAUUUAUGAAGAAAUUAUGAAUACUUAAAUUAAGUAUCCUACAUUUUUAAAAGAUAAAUAUGCUAGAAAGUUUAUGGAACAAUUAAUGAAUAGAUAACCAGAAACAAGAUUAGGAGCAUCUUAUUCAGCUUUAAAAGCUCAUCCAUGGUUUGAUGAUUUUGAUUUCGAUAAACUCUUUAGUAGAGAACUUAAACCUCCUGUAAAUUAUUUAAUCUUAAUUUCAGUAUAUACCUAAAUCAGAAAAUAUGGUUUCUGAAAAUGAUAUUUAAAAGAGAUUCAAUCAAAAUAAAUUAGUUGUUUAAGAAAUCAAACAUGAACAAAAUAAUCAAAAAAUCAAAUAUAAUAAAUAGCUUGCUAAAGAUCCUAAUUGGGAUAAAGAAUUUUGA